AAAGACUGUGGGACAGUUAAUGUUUGCCCAUUCUUAGAAUAGAUGCAUGUUCCUAGUCUCUGCAGCAAAUUGUGGACAUGCACCAAGAGACUGAACAAACUCUGUUUCAAGCUUCAAGCUCCAACAUAUCUCCUAUUUCAACCUUUAUUGAUCAGCUUUUUUAAGACUUUGCUGUCAGUCUGAUGGGCCUCAUAAAAGGUCUAUAAAAUCGAAAUGAAACAACACAGAGAGCCUUACACUGAAUAAUAUCUGGAUAAAACUUAAAAACUAACUAGAUAGAACUCAAAUUUUCACAGCUCUAAUAAGUAUAAAACUUUUAUAUACAAUUUUAUAUAAAAGUAUAAAAAAUUAUCUGUUACUCCACCUCACAUAAUUAUCUGCAAUCACCAUUAAAGAAAGCAAAACAUUUAAAUACAUAAUUUCAGCAUAAGGAGAUGGAUGGUCCAGCAUUAGGCCACGUCCUUCUUUCUCUCUGUGGGAUCUUUCUUCUGUGUCCUUUGCUGGUGAAAACUCAGAAUGACACAGAGCCCAUUAUACUGGAAGGAAAGUGUUUGGUAGUGUGUGACUCCACUCCAGCUACAGAACCAGGAGGCAAUGCACUGGGAAUGUCGGUUCGCUCUGGUACAGGGCGUGUUGCCUUUUCUGCCAUCCGCAACACUAACCAUGAACCAUCAGAGAUGAGCAAUCGGACCAUGACUAUUUACUUUGAUCAGGUCUUGGUAAACAUUGGCAGCCAUUUCGAUCCUGCAAGGAGCAUCUUCCAGGCACCUAGAAAAGGGGUGUACAGCUUCAGCUUCCACGUGGUUAAAGUAUACAAUAGACAGACGAUACAGGUAAGCUUGGUGUUGAAUGGUUGGCCAGUGAUCUCAGCUUUUGCAGGGGACCAGGAUGUGACACGUGAAGCAGCAACCAAUGCAGGACUGGUUACCAUGGAGAGAGGAGACAAGGCCUACCUCAAACUGGAGCGAGGAAACCUGAUGGGUGGCUGGAAGUAUUCAACCUUUUCUGGGUUUCUUGUUUUUCCUUUAUAGAAGGAUUUAUUUUUUUAGAACUGUUUAUACACCUACAUUUUUUUUUUCAUUUGUCUGUUUUGUGCUGGUGAUUUUAGUAACUUUAUGUCAUCAUCAUGUUCAGAUGAUUUGCUUCAGAUGAUGUGAAUGUCAUCCGAAACAACUCGGAUAAAGACGAGAAGGCAGUGGGAAAAAAGUGAGCAACAUCCUGAUGUGGGCAUUUUAAUAAGAUCAAAGUGUAAAUGGUUGCAGAUGGAUACAUGGCCACAUACUCAUUUCUAUUUAUUUUUACCAGUGCCAUCUGUUAAUCUGGCAAAACAGGUCAGCCAAAUAAAAAAAGACUGCUCUCUUUGCCAAGAGACUGCAGGUCCCCCUGUAACCCUGUGAUUAUACAUUGAAGGCUUGGUGUUUUAUUUAGUUUUCAUGUAAAUUACAUGUCCCAUUUCAUAGGAACUAAAUGAA